AACAGCCAGGGGAGGGCUUUAAAAUACAAUUUGAUUUAUUUCAGCGUUUAGUUUAUAAUUCAUGAUUUGUACAUAAUGUUAUAUUCGCGCUAAUCUCGUAAUGUAAACUCAGUGGGUAAUCUAAUGAUAUUAAUGACGAAAAAGUGACUUUCAAAUUCUAACUUGUUAAGCUGCCUUAUACACUGAAAAAGUGACCUUCAUAGUGUGAAAUUGGUGGAUUUUAUGCUAUGACUUGAAAGGCAGACGAUUUAAAGAUAGUUAUCUUAGGACUGGUACUUUGUGUAUGACAAAAUUAUUGGAUUACUUUUUAAAUGACUAAUUAUUAAAUUGUAUUACAAAGUGUACAAGGAGACAUUUACAAAUAAAGUGUGGCACUGCAAAAAGACCUUACAGUUAGUGAAGACGGAAGUACAAAGGGCUGAAACGAUUUUAUUAGUAUAGUUAUCGAUACAUCUAGUUAACUUGUGAGUCGUCUUGGUUAUUUUAAAGACUUAAGGACGUCUAAUGACUUUAGAUAUGCAUUGAAUACUCUGACGGAAGGUUUGCAAACGGAGAGGGUAUCAACAUUGAACAACGGCACAACAAUAGUUAGUGAGGACACACGUUCAAAGAGCCAAACCGAAUUCAUGAGCAUAGUCGUGGAUAUAUUUAGCUAACCAUUGGGACAUGUAUUAGAGAUGUAUUGAAUACUCCGGUGGAACUUUUGUAAGAGAGGAUUGUACAGAUGCAACUAUUGAACAACGAAACAACAACUUGUCAGUGUUUAAGAAGUGUCUCUAACUAGACAAGUUCGAUAUAAGAAACUUAACAGAUAGCUGUUCAAUUGAAAUCGUUUCAAUACGAGUUAUACUCAAGCCUCAGUGUACGAUUUAAAUGUAAAACAAAUAAGAUAUAGAUAAGCAUCGACGCAUGCUAUAAACGAAUGAGGUUCUCGGACUAUUAUACUUGACCUUAGAAUAGGUCAUAGAACCAGUCUUAGAUUUCUGUAAUCAGUGUCGCAGUUAACGUCAAUCAAGAUUAAGUGUGAACAGGGAAUCUGACUUAAAAACACUAGAUAAUAGCUUAUCUUGUUAAUGUGUACUUUGCAUACUGAUUAGAUUGUUCAAGGUGAGUUGAGCAAGCCAUACCGCCACUAAGUAAAGUCUACCAGAGGCUUAACUACGGACACAAUGCCAAGUCCCGUGCAGAUUACAGCGCCGGUUGCGUACGGGAUAAAGGAUCCGAUACUACGCAUUAUUGGAAAAGGCAACUCGUCGAAUUCUUGUACGCCAUCUUCUGCGUCCGUCGACGCGUUUACUGUUCCCGUUGAUUCUAUUCAGCCGUACGUUACGCGAUUGCAUACGCCAUUUCGAGUGACGUUUACGCCUGGUACGCGUAUCAAAUCUAAGUCGCGGGUCACAGAUCAGAGCAAGUAUGCGGUGUUCAACUAUAAGCCUUUGAAGCGAAAGGACCAUCCCGAGUUGUUAAAAAGGAUUCGCGCCCCGGAAGCGACAUUGACAACUCUACAAAACCUCUCGCCUUGGCUUUCCAUUACAAAAUCUGACUAUCGUGACCCUCGAGUGGAACGCGAAUUUACAGAUGACGAAGAAGAGUUAGUUCCGCGUUCGGGCCUUUUUCGCCGCAGUUUUACAGAAGGGGAUAUUGACCUAUCAAAGUUAUCUACACCAAAGUUAUUAUCCCGCGGCAGUUUAGUGCGACAGGUCCCAACCGUUGACAUCACAAGGCUAAACGACAUUCCAUCUUAUGAGGAAGGGAAUACUGAGCCGCUUAAGCUUACACGAGCAAAGCCGCUUUCACGGGAGCAGUCUUUUACAAGGUCAGAUUCCGUUCAAUCCUUCAGCCUUUCAUCAAGGCCGUCAAAGAGUGGUCCGAGAUCAACAUCAAGCGUUCUCACAACGACAUCGGAGAAAAAAGUCACUAUUGCUGACGCAGAAGAUUCGAAAGAGGAAAGCGAGACUAACGAAGAAAUGAAGGCCUCACCAAUGAUAAAGGUGGCGUACACGAACGGACAUUCUGUGCCAAAAGUUGAUAUUUCAACUCCAACAAAUGAAAGUGCUGUCAACUAUUACAGUGGAUAUCUACCACCGGAGCUUUCCAACGAAAUUGCCGCCAAGCUCAAAAUCGGUCUCAAAAAUACUGACAAAGCCGGAAACGACCGCCAUAAGGCAUACGCAGCGCCGCUUGAGCUUCACAAACCACUUAUAGGCGAUCGCUCUAACUACAUCCGGGACUCAUAUCCGGUCAAACCGCAAAUCAUGCAGCCGGAAAUCGAUCAGAUGCGAUUAGAGGGCAGGAAACGCUUACUUCAGUCUUACGGCCGCGUGCCCGCUCAUUUCUCGGCUCUCAAGGGCCGUGGGACUAACCAUCAGCCCCGUCAGAAGGGGGCGCGAUUGGAGGAAGCAGUGCGACAACAACAUAGACUUAAUGCAGAAGGAGUUAACACGCAUGCGCAAAUAUCCCGAAAAGUUGGGAAAUCUUCCGUCGAACUCUUUCAGUUACAGCGAGAAAGGACUUAUCAUCUUCAGAAAUUGGCGAAAGAAAUGUUAAAGGAAUAAUUAUUAUUUGUUAUCAUGGCUUGUAUAUAUUUGAAAAUAUAAAUAACAUGUCAAGAAUUAUCAUGAAUAAUUAUAGUUCUGCAUACUUGAAACAGUAUUGUUUCGAUGCUUGGCGUACAUUUUGCGGGAGGAACAUUUUGCAGGAGGCUUUUAAAACGCAGAAUUAGAUGUUUGUACAUUUGUAUGUAAAAUACAAUUUUGAACAAUUGGGUUCUGCGUUCUUACCCCCAAAAAGUAACUCAUUAUUAGAAAUCUUUAACAAGAAAUGCCUGAAAGUGAAAGCCAACAUUGGCUUGUAUGUGGGAAUGAAAGGCUUUUUGUUAAGCUUUCUCGAGUUGAAAAAACGAUUUCAAAAAUAUAAAAUAAUGGUGAAAUAAAAGAUGAAAAGUU